AUGACAAUUAUGAGCGUGCUGCAGCUUUACGGCAGUCCGAUCAUCUUAGGCUUUCCGCAGUUUCUAGUAGCGCUAGUGAUAACAGUCAUUGCCACGGCAACCCCACAAGAUGACUUCGCCAUUGUGCGUGAGAACGUUCUCAAGAUAAUGCUAUGGCCAACACCAGACCAGCUUCCCGCCACACUUGCACAAGCGGCCGCUAAUCUAAGCAUCCUUGACCUGAAUACCUGUCAAUGGCCUGACUUGAAUUAUACGACUCGUGGUCCAGAGAAUUGGGAUCCUGUUUUGCAUAUGUUUCGUAUUUCCACAAUGACGGCAGCACUGACUGUUCCCGGUGGAAUGACGAAUGACACAGCACUGUCAUCUGCCAUUCACUGUGCCCUGGAAGUAUGGCUGGAACAAGAUUGGCAGAAUCCUAAUUGGUGGUGGAAUUACAUACAAGAUCCACUCAUCGCCACGGGUAUAAUGCUCAUGCUGGGUGUAGAGCGAAUGAGUCCAGCGGAGAUCGGUGCUAUCAUCGCCAUGUCGUACCGUGCUGACUGGUGGAUCAAAGAUUGGGGUGGCGGUGCUAAUCUAGUAUGGGAGCUGCAAAUACAGCUGUAUCGUGGACUUGCCACGUCCAACUACUCCGCCGAACGUCUCAAUGCGAUCUUUCGGCAGCGCAUAUUGUGUCUCACGUGUCGCGAGAUGGAAAUGCAAAAUAUUCGUCGCCCAGGCAUCGCCGUACGCUGCCGUGAGCAGUUGUGA